GAGCUCGUUCUGGAGGAAAUCAUUGGAAUAGGGGGCUUCGGAAAAGUGUAUCGAGCUGUAUGGAUAGGAGAUGAGGUUGCUGUUAAGGCAGCUCGCUAUGACCCUGAUGAGGACAUCAGCCAGACCAUUGAGAAUGUCCGCCAAGAGGCCAAGCUCUUUGCAAUGUUAAAGCAUCCCAACAUCAUCGCCCUCAGAGGCGUGUGUUUGAAGGAACCUAAUCUUUGCUUGAUCAUGGAGUUUGCCCGCGGAGGAUCGCUAAAUAGAGUGUUGUCUGGUAAAAGGAUACCUCCUGAUGUACUAGUGAACUGGGCAGUACAGAUUGCGAGGGGAAUGAACUACCUGCAUGAGGAAGCAAUUGUUCCCAUAAUUCACCGUGACCUGAAGUCCAGCAACAUACUGAUACUCGAAAAGGUGGAAAAUGGAGAUCUGAGCAACAAGAUAUUGAAGAUCACGGAUUUCGGCUUGGCCAGGGAAUGGCAUAGAACUACCAAAAUGAGUGCAGCUGGGACAUAUGCCUGGAUGGCUCCUGAGGUCAUCCGCUCCUCCAUGUUCUCCAAAGGCAGCGAUGUGUGGAGUUAUGGUGUGCUGCUUUGGGAACUGCUAACAGGAGAAGUACCAUUCCGAGGAAUUGAUGGUCUUGCAGUAGCGUAUGGUGUUGCCAUGAACAAACUUGCCCUUCCAAUCCCUUCCACGUGUCCAGAGCCUUUUGCCAAACUCAUGGAAGAUUGUUGGAACCCUGACCCACACUCACGACCCUCCUUUGCCAGUAUCCUAGACCAUCUCACUGCCAUACAAGAGUCUGGUUUCUUUGAAAUGCCCAAAGAUUCCUUCCACUCCCUGCAAGAAGACUGGAAACAAGAGAUCCAAGAGAUGUUUGAUCAGCUCAGAGCCAAAGAAAAGGAGCUGCGCACAUGGGAAGAAGAACUGACUCGUGCUGCUGUUGAACAGAAGAACCAUGAGGAGCUGCUACGAAGGCGGGAACAGGAGCUGGCAGAACGUGAGAUUGACAUCCUGGAAAGGGAGCUCAACAUCAUCAUCCACCAGCUGUGUCAGGAGAAGCCUCGGGUGAAGAAACGCAUGGGGAAGUUCAAGAGGAGCCGGCUCAAGUUAAAAGAUGGCAAUCAUAUCAGCCUGCCUUCAGAUUUCCAGCAUAAAUUCACUGUGCAGGCUUCUCCAACGAUGGAUAAAAGGAAAAGCUUGAUCAGUAGCUGCUCCAGCCCUCCUGCAAGUCCUACCAUUAUUCCCAGACUCAGGGCCAUACAGUGUACACUUGUGAAAAGCAGUAAAACAUGGGGACGAAGCUCAGUCCUUCCAAAGGAGGAAGGAGAGGAAGAAGAGAAGAGAGGCCAGAAGAAAAAGGGACGCACUUGGGGACCAAGCUCACUUUGUCACAAGGAGCUAGGUGCAGGAGAAGACGGAGAAUAUGGAAGGGGGGAAUGAAGUUUGGUUGUGAGCAUGGUACAUUUUCUCCCAUCUUUCUAUUAUUUCAGUCUGAAAGCUCUGGUAGAAGGAUACAAACAGUGGUCAUCCAGUGCACCGAACCUUGGGAAGAUCCAGAGAACUGCUCCUGCUUUUCCAGGAUUCACCAGCUUAGCAGAGAUGGAUGAUGAAGACAGUGAAUGUCUUAAUGGGGAGGGCAAAGUGCAUCCUUCACCUGGGCACAAUCAGUCAUACCUCUGCAUCCCAUUUCAGAAGAAUGAAGACUGGGAUGGCCCUUCUAGUGAUGCCAAUGAGGAGUCCACCCCUGUGAACUCUGCUACUAGUACACCACAGCUGACCCCCACCAACAGCCUCAAACGUAGCGGCUCCCACCACAAGCGAUGUGAGGUUGCAUUGCUUGGCUGUGGAGCAGUGCUGGCUGCUGCAGGCUUGGGUUUUGAUCUGUUAGAAGCAGGGAAGUGUCAGCUCCUGAUUGAGGAGGAGCCAGACGCACCGAAGGAAGAGAAGAAGAAGCGUGACAGCAUUUUCCAGCGAGCUGGGCGCCCACGCAGGAGCACUAGUCCACCUUCCCGAAAGAUCUUCAAGAAAGAGGAUCCCAUGUUGUUGCUAGGCGAGCCCUCCACAUCCCUCACCCUUCUUUCCCUGUCUUCCAUUUCCGAAUGUAAUUCCACCCGGUCCCUGCUGCGCUCAGACAGUGAUGAGAUUGUGGUGUAUGAAAUGCCUGUCAGCCCAGUGACAGUCAAGGCUCCUUUGCCAGUCAUUACCAACCCGCUGGUCAAUGUCCAGAUUGAGAGGUUCAAACAAGACCCCAACCAGUCCCUGACUCCCACACAUGUGACGGUCUCUUCCCACACCCAGCAAAGCAAGCACAGGCGCACACCUUCUGAUGGGGCCAUCAAAGGGAGUGGACUAGUUGUCAAUGGGUGCCCAACCAGUGGAUGCCCUUCCAGUAGCUGUUUAACUGGAGCACUGGGAGCAGGUGUAUUAAAAACACCUAGUCCAAGUAGAGAUCCCAAUGAGGUCCCUCGCCUGCCAGACCCCAACCUUGUUUUUCCUCCAACCCCGAGACGAUGGAAUGCACAGCAGGACCCCACACUGGAAAGACCCAAGACAUUGGAGUUCCUGCCCCGGCCACGUCCUGCAGCCAGUCGGCAGCGGCUCGAUCCCUGGUGGUUUGUGUCACCCAGCAAUGCCAAGGGUGAAUCUUCUGCCAACAGUUCAAGUACUGAUACUCCAAGCAAUCUGGACUCUUGUUUUGCUAGUAGCAGCAGCACUGUAGAAGAGAGACCUGGACUGCCUGCACUGCUUCCUUUCCAGGUGGGUCUUCCUGUAGAGGAGCGGACACUGUUGGACAUAGAUGCUGAGGGGCAGAGCCAGGACAGCACCAUUCCGCUAUGCAGAAGUGAACUUAACACACACAAAGCUGCAGCAUAUGAACUCAAGCAAGAAUUCUGGUCUUAG